AUGGUUGAGAAUUACAGUGAGAAAGGGUAUAUCGUUGUGCAUUUGCAGUGUCCUGAUUGGCCUAAGUUGUUGUUUGAUAUAGUUUGUACACUUACUGAUAUGCAAUAUGUGGUAUAUCAUGCCACUAUUAUUGUUGAAGGAGUUGAAGCUUCUCAGGAAUUAUACAUCUGUCAUACAAAUGGAUGUCCAAUCAGCUCAGAAACCGAGAGGGAACGUGUAAUCCAUUGCCAUGAGGCAGUGGUCAAGAGACACAGGGACUCGUCCGGCACUGGUGAUUCAGACACCACGGGCCCUAGACCUAUUGUAUCAGACGACCUAGAGUCUUCAGAGCGCGAGGUUCACACAUCCGACGUUACUAGCACAUACGAGGAUGACUUUCAGCCCUUUGCGUUACCUGACGAGGCUGUUGAGCUCGCUGAUGAUUUUGAUAUGGAGUUCGUUGAUCCCGAGCCUGCCAUGGCCCUUGAGCCGGUAGUCGCUCCUGACCCAGUGCUUGAGCAUGACCCUGUUCAUGCUGGCAUACCUAUUGAUCCUUUUAAUCAAGCACUUUUUGAGGCACAGAUUGACCCACGAGAUGAGCACGCCCAGCAUGGGUGGAUUCCUGCUGAUGAUGAGAUUCCACCUAUUCCCCCUCCUGCCACCGAUACACGUCACGUUGAUACCUCUUUUACAUUCCCUCAGUUCACACCUCCAGCUCGACCUGGAGAGGGUUCUUCGGCCCAUCCUUUUGGACAUGUACCGGGUGAUGUCGCCCUUAUUCAUUGA